AUGUAGCCAGCCUCUCUCUCUCUCUCUCUCGUCUUCCCUCCUCGUUUUGAAGCUUCCUCCUCCAGCCCUCCCUCUCCCCUCCCCUCUUUUUUGGGGGGCCGAGUGCUGCCGAGCCACCCUCUUCCAAGGCUGGCAGGCAGAGAGGAGGGCAGGCCGCCGGUUCCAGCAGGGGUGCAGGAUGGGCUCGGUUUCCAACCAGCAGUUCGAAGGGGGCUGCGCCAAAGGGAGCGAGGAAGAGCCCACGGGGGACGAGGCCGGCCAGCCGCUGCUGCACGGCGCCGGCAUCUGCAAAUGGUUCAACGUGCGGAUGGGCUUCGGCUUCCUGUCCAUGACCACCAAGGAAGGCAUCGCGCUCGACUCCCCCGUGGACGUCUUCGUGCAUCAGAGCAAGCUGCACAUGGAAGGUUUUCGCAGCCUUAAGGAAGGGGAAGCAGUUGAGUUCACCUUUAAGAAGUCCUCCAAGGGUUUGGAGUCCAUCCGAGUGACCGGUCCAGGAGGAGUGUUCUGUAUUGGCAGCGAGAGGAGACCGAAAGGCAAGAACCUACAGAAACGCCGGUCAAAAGGAGACAGAUGUUACAAUUGUGGAGGUUUGGAUCAUCAUGCCAAAGAAUGCAAGCUCCCGCCUCAGCCAAAGAAAUGCCAUUUCUGCCAAAGCAUUACCCACAUGGUCGCCAACUGCCCUGUCAAAAUGCAGCAGUCGCCCAGUUCUCAGGGAAAGCCUUCCUACUUCCGGGAGGAGGAGGAUAUGCACAGCUCAGCCCUUCUUCCCGAAACCAGGGAAUGAUGUUGGGAAAUCAGUAGGAGCUACUGAAUCACUGGGGCUUCAGGGCAUCGAGUCAGCAAAGAAGGGGGAGCAAUGAACGGCUUCUGCCUCCAGGUUGUUGUGUGUUUUUUUUUUGCAGGGGGCAGGUAGUGGACUAGGAAGCAGCAUCUUUUGAAUCUCUCAAGGAUUUGGUAUUGGGAAAAAGGUCUGAGAAUCUGGACAAAACUGUUACGCUGGUCCGCAACCUAUUUUCUGCUUCAGAGGAGGUCUGUGAAUCUCCAGCUGAAAUAUUCAGAUAGAAGAAAGGGCGAGGUGGCAGCACCUUAAAGGUACCUUUGCUCUCUUGCCAAUGCAAAGAUUAUUCCAAAAACAAAACCCAAAGCUGGAAAAAAUCUAGACCAUCCAGACCUUUCGGGGGGGCAUUUUGUAAAGAAGUGCACAAAACCACAGUUGGUUCGGGACACUGGCAGAGGGGAGUAAUUUUUUUAAAAGUCACACUCAUUUUGACAUUAAAAGAGGCCACUCAAAAAUUGUGGCAGCUUUAAGAAAUUUCAGUCCCUCAGGAAUUAGAGGGUUUUGUAGACUCAACCACCAAGGCCUAUCUAAAGUUCACACCCCUGAGUCUACAAGAUGUAGUGGGACUUUUAAUUUUCCACUCAAGCGUGGCCAUGAAACAUCAGUAUCUUAUUUGGCCUUGAUCUUGCCCUUGCUAAGUCUGAGGCUUUUGAGGAAAUGCUGGCUGCUUUUUGGAGUAUAUGUGGAAAAAACAAUUUUUUCAGAAACUCACUCGCACAUUGGGCCACUCAGCACUUCCUUUCACAGCCUUUGCAGUCUGGGCUCAUGGCCCAGGGAAGACCUAAGAAUGCCUCCCUUUGGUGUCCCCCCCUUCCUUCUGUGGCCAUAAUUUAAAAAGAAGCACACACAUGUCAACUGGGUAGUUCAGCUUAUGUUUGGCAAUGUUUGUUUCCCAGAAUUCUUUGGUCUGUGCAACCCACAAUAUCAAAUUUAAGCACAAGGGUUGUGAAUUUUGAAGACUUCCCCGUUUUUGUGUCGAAACCCUAACCUAAGGGGCAAAAAAAAGCUGCUGCUCCCAUCCCUUGCCUGCUUUCCCUGCCUCUGCCUUUAAUUUAUUUUGCUCCUGCGGACAGCUGGACUUGCCGUGCGAGACACGGGAGGGCGUCCCCACCUGCUCUGAAGCCAACGUGAUAUAAAACCUGCACUACGACGUGCGCGAAUGACGUAUCUUUGGGUUCGUUUUUUCUUUAUUGUCCAUGUUUGUUGGAUUUUUUAAAAAGUAUAAAUAUUCUGUUUUGUAUUUUUGUAUAUUUUAAUCUUUAAGAGUUAAAAAAGGAAGAAAAAAGAAGAAAAAAGGACAUUACUGCAAUUUAUUCUCAGGUAUUCUCAAACAUCUCAGGGAUGGAAGAACCUCGGUUCCUUCUGGGGCUGGACAGGUUGGAAUCAUGCCUUUUUAAAAUUUGGGACAUUGUUAAGUUGGACAGCACAAAGGAGAAAUGUGUUUUUAAUACUGUAGCUCCAUCUUGACAUCUGUUUUGAUGUUUUUAGACAGUGUAUUUUAAACAGAUUCUUCUUCCCCCUCUUGUUGUAUUUGCAUGGAGGCUGAAGAGCGGAGGUAGGGCCGGGUCCAAUAGGAAUUUUGUCCCCCAUGGUCAUUUCAAAGGUCUACUUAGGCAGGACUCCUUCCUGCUGGAUUGUGUGUUUGGACUAUUCAAGUGGAUAAAAAUUAAGUCUGCUUGCUGAGAGAAAUUCAGAGCCAAGGGGACUGAACCUUGGACACCCAUGUUCUAGCAGAGUUUGUGUUGUCAGUGCCUCCUCCUAAACAUCUAUCCAUUCUUAAGACUUUUAACAACUCUCAUGCAUCUUUUUAGUGGCUAGGCACAUUUUCAUCCCAUUUCCAUCCAUGUUAUCACCUCAUCUCAGUUCUUCCACUCUUGUGGACUCUUGGAAGAGUUGCUUGUGGUUCUUCCCAAGGAUGAUCCUUCUGUGGACCUGCUGAUUUGAGUCACCGUUGGAGGGUGGCAGAGUGAGAAAGAAGGCCUCUCAGAUGCUAGGGGCCCACUCUGUUAGGGAACUUCUCUGGCACAUACCUCAUUAAAGCUAAGGUAUUUUUCAUUUCUUAUUUCCUGUCAAUUAAGCUUGUGCUAGAGAAUUUGUAGAUGUCCUGCAUUCUCUAUGGUACAAUUUGGAUUUCCACCUUCAGGGUUCAAGAUGUUUCAGACUUCAAUUCUGUAUCAUCCCCACUAUCUCUCAUUUUUCUGUGCCCAUGUUCUUGAGAAAUCCUCUUGGGUACAUUCUUAUAGUGAAACCUUAUUAUGAAUGUCUCGAGAAGAGUGUAUUCUUGUAGCCAAAGACUUGCCAAUGAACUGCUCCUCCAAAUCUCAAAUUGCUUUAGGUUUAGGGUGUAUCCCCUCGAUUCAGUCUCCUUCAUUGUCACCACUGAGAAUUGUGAGUCAGGAUUUGCUAUUUAGUUUUUCCAGCUGAGUUGUUCAAGUAGCAAUGAAAAGACGUGAUCUUGACCUUCUGAUGCUUGGGUCUACCACUUCUACCAGCUGCUAGUGAUACUUCUAGUAUCUGCUUUAAAAAAUAAAAAUAAGAAGGAUCUGUUGGAUGCCCCAACAAUGAGAGGUAUUUCUGAGGCAUCGAGUAGUACAUAAUCCCAAAGAAUAAGGGACGGAGGAGCCAAUUUACAGACGUUCCCUUCAGCACCACACAUGAUGACUUUGCUCAGUGUAGGAAAUGAUAGUUGACAUUAGUACUUUUCAGAUGUUGCCAUAACACAAGCCAGGAACCCACCAGGCCAGGUCCUCUCAAUAUGCACGGUCACCAUGUUGUAUUAACAGUGGGUCAUGUGCAUAAUUUUCAUGUGUGCAC